AUGUCAAUUGGAGAUGAGCUUACUGCCGCCAGUGUUCGGGUUACUCGUUCCGAAUACCUGGCAGCUGUUCCAGAGCCAGGCUCUAACGAGUACCUUCAACUCGCCCAUACUGACCAUAUGCUAGUCGCUAAAUGGUCAGCACAGGGUGGGUGGGACAGUCCUUGCAUAAAGCCCUAUGGGGAGCUGGGGAUUUUACCAACAGCGUCCAGUUUGCACUAUGCCACAGAGUGCUUUGAGGGCCUGAAGGCUUACCGUGGCGAGGAUAGCAGAUUAAGGCUAUUUCGCCCCGAUGAGAACGGGGAACGUCUCCAAAUGAGUGCUAAAAGAGCUUCUCUUCCCACCGUUCAACCUGACCAGUUGAAGUAUCUUAUCGAAAAGCUUCUAGAGAUAGAGGGUCCACGAUGGUUGCCAAAAGAUCAGCCUCGCCAGUUCUUAUAUAUCCGACCCGCUAUCAUCGGAACAGGACACCAGCUUAGCUUUGGUAUCCCCCAAGAAGCCUUGUUCUUCAUUGUUGCUGCGCCCUAUCCUGACAUGUCGAAAGUUGUCAGAUCCAGAGGCACUUCUAACGCCGGUCUGAAGCUUGUGGCUUCUCCACCUGGGUAUACCAGAUCUUGGCCUGGAGGUGUUGGCUAUGCCAAAUUAGGAGCGAACUAUAACCCAUCGCUCGAAGCCCAUAGCGCUGCCAAGGCAAGUGGGUUUGAUCAAGUUCUUUGGACUUUCGGAGAAAGCCAGUUAGUCACAGAAGCUGGGGCUAGUAACUUUUUCGUCAUUUGGAGAAAUAAACAAACCCAGGCGCUAGAGCUCGUUACUGCGACCUUGGAAGGAGAUCUGAUCCUCGGGGGUAUAACGCGGAAAAGUGUACUGGAAGUUGCAAAGACGCGAUUUUCCAGGCGAGUAGGGAAAUUCUCUUCUCUGACGGUCAUUGAGCGUGAAUUUUCGAUUACCGAGAUUGAAGGGGCCUGGAAAGAAGACCGUCUGAUCGAAGCCUUUGUUUCGGGCACUGCUUACUUUAUCACCGCCGUGUCUUUGAUCAGAACAGCGACCUGCGAUAUUGAGUUUCCUUUACUGGGUGAAGACAAGCGGUAUAGCGCGGCAAUCAGAGGCUGGAUUGAAUCCAUCACUUAUGGUAUAGAAAGCCAUGAAUGGAGCCAUAUAAUCAGCGAUAAGGCAUAG